CCCCCUCGAACGCGGUCGGGGGAGGUUUUUCAGCGCGGAAGUGGGGAGCAGCCCGGGCCGCGUGGCGUGUUCCCUCCGCGGUCUUAUUGGGACUCAUUUCGUGCCCUCGCGUUAUGAAGCAGACUGGGCAGUGAAAAUGUUAGGCAACGCGCUGCGGAGGGUUUCUCGCGCGGUGUCGGACGCGGAGGCGACCGGCGGCGUCGUGUUGACGGUGCUCGUGUCCUGCGCGCUGAGCGUCGUUACGGGUUCCUUCAGCAGUUCCGCGCAUUCCCUGAGCCUGGAGUCCAGCCUGGUCCUCCGCGGACACGUCCACAGACUCCUCACAUACAGCUUCUACCAUAAGGACGUUGCACACCUGUUCCUCAGUAUUGUGGUGCUGGUGAUCUUCUGCAGUGGAUUAGAGAAAGGAAUUGGCACGGUGCGAUUUCUACACCAGCUACUCCUCCUUUCCACCUGUGUUGGCCUGCUGCAUGUUCUCCUGGAGCUGCUCCUGUUUUCUCCGUCAGCCAGGAGCUCUGUUUCAGGCCUAAUCCCAGUUUCUCUCGCCGUGCUGGGCAUGGUGACCAUCAGCUCCCGCAUGCGGAAGGCGCUCCUGCUGGGCGUUAAUGUGCCCACUGCAUCUCUACCCUGGCUUCUCCUGCUUCUAGUCACGCUCUUCGUCCCAAACACUGUGCUCCUGUGCAACGCUGUGGCUGUAGUUAUAGGAGAGAUAUAUGGCAUGGGGUGGUUGUCAGUGUUGGAGAUGUCGGAGUCCAAAGCUUGUGUGCUUGAGAAGAAAAUGCCUUUCAGGUUACUGAAGAAGAUAGCAGGUGUACAGUUCGUCCCCGCAUCUGCCGAGGAGCGAAAAAAGACCCUGCACGCCAUAUGCAGCCCACCACCGGGAUCAUAUCCUGUUCAAGCCUACGCUCCAGCACCCACGUCCACUCCUCAAGCUACAGGGAGCCCACCUAACAGUCUAGAUGGUUGGCCAUACGCAACCUACACCCAACAGAACUACGCGGUGCCCUCACCGUACUCGGGGUAUGGAUUUGGGCGCAGCUUUGGAUCCAGCCAUGGGCAUAGCCACGGGCAUGAUUGUGGACAUUCUCAUGGACAUAGUCACCAGCAUCUGGCCUCCAGUUCGUGGACUCCAGUGGCUCCUCAUGCCCAUUCUCAUUUCAGCCCUCCUGUGAAUAUGGCUGGGCAGUUUUUUGGUCACCUGCCACAGGGAACUGUUGAAGCAACGACUCAAGCUCCUGUGUCGGAGUCUGUGCUGCCUCCUGUGCUGUCCAGUUAGGGCCUUUAAAACCUGACCAAUAAAAGUCUGAAGCACUGUU